AUGGGAAAGAAGUCAGAGAUGACUGAUGUGGAGCCUGUGGUUACAGAUUUUGCAGCAUCUGGAAGGGCUGGCCGCCGAAAUGCCUUGCCAGACAUUUUGGGUUCUUCAGCUGGAGCUGGAACAUCAGACCUACCACACAAAUUAGCUGAGCUCUCAAUGUCUGAAGAUGGAGCUGAAGGUGGAGAAACAUCCUCCGAUACCACAAUGGAAAAUCAAGAAACAGAAGGAAAGAGCAUGGAUUCCUAAUAUUUAUAAUAUAGUUGGUUUCUGGUGAUUACCAACAGAUUUCACUCCCAGCGUGUGCAAGACUCUGAAAUACACAAUACCUAUAGCUGGCUGACAUGAAUAAGAAGCUGUUGCAGGGGUUCAGUGGUGUUACGUAAUCCAUCAAACAACAAAUUAUUUAGGCGCAGUAGUCAACAGCCAAUAUCUUCAGAAUGCAUGUAAAGUUUUAGAAUCAUUCUCAGUCCUGUACUAAAAUCAGCUCCAGCAUAACCUGUUGGGACAGUGUAAAUAAUCCAAUUUAGCAACCAAGAAUACCCACUGCUGUUAGGUUGCUCUCUUGGGGCCUUUUCAGAUGAUAAAUAUAUAAAACCUUUGUGUUUAUUUUUAACACAAAAAUGUCUAGCCCUGAUUGAAAGCCCAUUGCACAGUGGACUAAUGAAACAUAUGUAGGGUUCACCUUGCUGCAGCGACGUAGCUUGGUCGAGGCUUUAAAAAAAAACUUUAAAAGGAAUCCUGAGAGAUGUGAGCUCCAGGGUGGGAAAGGAGAGCACAAAGCCCAGAAUUAACUAUAAAUUUCUAAAAGUAUAAAAAGGCAGGACACUGAUGCAGGGGGUGUGGGAGAUGGCUUUGUUGAUGUUAAGAGAUCCAUGAGAUCUUUCCUCGCAGCACUUCAGGAGUCCAACAAGCAGGAGCACUACACUCUAAAAGUGUAACAAAUAUGUAACAUAGAAAGCUGCCUUACACCAGGUCAGACUCUUUGUCCAUCUAGCUCAGUUAUUAUCUACUUGGAUGGGUAGCGACUUUUCCAGGAUCUCAGGCAGAGAUCUGUAGAAAAUUAAUUGUACAACAUGUUCACACCAUAUUUUAGAGAUGGGGACACUUGGAAGGGCAUUGUGGGAACAAAUUUGGUAGAUGUCCAGUGACUCUCAUGCAACCAUAUUUCACACAGCAGUCGCAAUGGCAAUAGGCUGAUGGGAAACAUGUUCCAGAAAGCAAUUGCAAUGGGCUGGUGGGAGUAUCCUAGCAAGAUAAUAUUGUGCACUGACUGUUAGGAACAUAGGGUGGGGGGACUAUUCCUGAAACAGAGGAAAGGUUUCUGUUUCAGUUGUAUGUGUAUUGUGCUACUGUCUUGAAAAACCCUCCUUUCUUGAUUGCUAAAGUAACCUUUUCUCUCCCCCUCCCACACAUCAAAGUUUAAUUUAAUACAGAAUCUGAGGCUGUAUUAAUGCUAGUUUAUUUUUGACAUAGUAGGAUGUUUGGAGGAAAUAGAAUGUCAUCUGUCUGUAACCCCAUGAAGCCCUUUUGAAGCUUGAACUCUACCUAGAAUGAAAAUUGUUCUUUCCUCACGCCUUCAAAAUGUCAUGAUACAUCGAGAUCACUUAGGAUUUUAAAAUCCUUUUGAGUGCAUUCUGUGCUCCCCUUUCUCAAGUAUAACUUCUGCAGUGAUUUCAACGUUCUGCACGUCCAUAGGUUUCUAAAGUAAACUAGUGGCAUUUGUAAUUGAUUUUAACUUCUGUUUUAUUUGAACAUGAAAAAUGAAAUUGGUUAUCUCGGGUUUGUUUUUUUGUCUAUGUUUUCCUUGUGUCUUCAUAAGACCCAAGGACACAAACUUUUCAUUUGAGUUAGGAUGUGGAUUUAUUGGCUCAUAAUUGAUGCUGUGAAAAUCAUUGUUUAAAGCAUUUUCUUCCUGAUAAUAUAUUUUGCCUGUACCAAAGGAUUGAUUCAUGUUUUAUAAUAAA